AUCAGUCGAAUUAUUGACUAAAACAACUUGACAAAUAUCUUAAUAUGAAAUUUCAAGUAAUUUUCUUCUUCUUGUUUGCAAUUUUGGCGGCUACUCAAGCACGUCCCCUCGAAUGCAAAUCAUCAAAGGACAACGCCUUUUCCGAAAAAUCAUUACAUUCAAUGAAUGAGGAAUCUGAUAAGCAACCAAAUCCCGAUGACAAUGGAUCAUUAUACGAUUCAAUGAAUGAUGAAUCUAUGAAUGAGCAACCAAAUCCCGAUGACAACGUCUCUUUCGACGAAUAUGAUGAAACAUUGUUAUCGGAGGAGUACGGUUCUAUGAGCGACUAUUCACGUAGUGAUAACGAAUGUGUUUGUCAUGGCGAAAAACGCAAUUAAGAAGGGGCGCUCACAACAAUCUGAAGGCUGUUUUUGAAGACAAGGCCGAAGAUUGUUUCUG